AUGGUAUUGGCGCAUUCUCUGCGCGACAAUGGCACGACGGCUAAGUUAAUUGCGCUUUUCACCCCGGAUAAACUCCGAUCGGAGACAGUCAAUGAGCUUCGGACGGUAUACGAUGAACUCAUCCCCGUGCAUUCCAUCACCAAUGCCACACCCGCGAAUUUGUGGCUGAUGGACCGACCCGACCUCAUCGCCACAUUUACAAAAAUCGAAUUGUGGCGCUUAACACAAUAUGAACGGAUCAUAUAUAUUGAUUGCGAUGUGGUGGCUAUUCGAGCCCCGGAUGAGCUGUUCGCAUUGGAUGUGAACUUUGCGGCGGCGCCAGAUGUGGGCUGGCCAGAUUGCUUUAAUAGUGGGCUCAUGGUUCUCCGGCCUAAUAUGAAGGACUAUUAUGCGCUCAAGGCACUGGCCGAGCGGGGAAUUAGCUUCGAUGGAGCUGAUCAGGGAUUGCUGAAUAUGCAUUUCAGAGAUUGGCAUAGGCUGAGCUUCACGUAUAACUGUACUCCCAGUGCAAACUAUCAGUACAUCCCUGCGUACAAGCAUUUUCAGAGUACCAUCAGCCUCAUUCAUUUCAUUGGUUCACAGAAGCCUUGGAAAUUGCCCAGGCAGGUAAUUCCAUUGGAUUCGCCGUACAAUCAGCUGUUGGGCAUAUGGUGGUCGGUUUAUGAUAGACAUUAUAAGCCGCCUUUUGUCACCUACUCACAGCCAGAUCAUCUACAGCCUUCACACGGUUCGGAUCAUCACACCGAAACUAUACAUUCUGCAGGCCAAGCGUUCAAUCAAGCUCAUCAUGAGCAACAGCCCGAGUCUCAUCACUAUCAUCAUGGAGACGAGCCAGCAAGCUCUCAUUAUGAGGGAGCUCACUCGGACGAGGAGAUACCAACUCUGGUCUCGUCAGAGACAGCCCACGCUCAACCAGAUUCAUGGCAUCAACCACACCAAGAAUUCCAUGAACAUCAACAUCAUCAACAUCAUCAACAUCAUCAAGAUCAUCAACAUCAUCAACAUCAUCAACAUUAUCAACAUCAGGACCAUCAGGACCAUCAUGAUCACCAUCACCAUCACCAUGAGACCCAUCACCAUGAACCCCAUCAUGUAUCGAAUAUCACAGACGUGCCGGUUUUGAGUGCCGUUCCACAGUAUGUCCGUGGAGAAGAGCAUGUUUCGGCCUUCAUACCACCGAUGCCUUACGCACCCGCGCCAGAAACUCAUGUACAUCACCCAACAUACGGUACACAGCCAGAUACUAAUCAUCCCCACUACCAACGGCAACAACAACACCAGCACCAACACCACGACCAUGAUCAUCACCAAGAUUAUCAUCAAGAGCAACAACAACAGCAACCGCAACAACAGCAACAACACGACCAACCGCACGAGCAUUCUGAGAACCCCAUACAUCACCCCCAGCCGGGAGCCCCGCCAGUGACCGAGCAUUGGCAUCGACCUCCUUCCCCCGAACCGGAGGCUGAACCAGGGACUCCAACUUUCGAGGCACCAAAGGCAGAAUGGGAUGCCUCACGGUAA